CCGCGAAUGUCAUAGUGGUGCCUUAGUGUUUUUUUUUUCUUUGACGAGAUCAGACGGUAUUAACCAUGAAGCUGUUGGUGUGUUUGGCUUUGGUAGCCUUUUUCUCACAAGUCAAAUCGUUCAGCGGGAGCGAAGACAGAUUCAUCAAAAAGUACGCGAUGAUGAAGAUCUACGAAAGUUGUUUCGGAGAAGACGUGGUGAAACAAAUCAGGAAGGAACUGAAGCUGGCCUGCGCAAAAUGCGCCUCUUUGUCUCCCCCUUCAGAAGCACCGACCACCACCCCUCACCCAGAGGAAAAGCCCCAAGAGGACCACAUAGGACCGAAUUCGGUAUACCACAGUCAACCUACUCUUGACGUUGAGAAAUUGCAUCAAGCAAUUUUGGCCUUCAGACCAAAUGCCGUACCCCAGCCAUCUUACAGACCUUAUGGCGGAAUCGGUCCAGCUAGCUUUUACAAUCCACCCAUGGCAAACCCGGGAUACCCAGCACCCAUGUUUUAUCCCGGAAUCCAGCAAAUACCAUUUUCGCCAUAUUCCUUCCCCAUGAUUGGACAACAGUACUUUGGAAGCAGGAUAGCGAGAGGAAUGGACUUCAAGAGCCAGCUGGAAUCCAUCCCGUCCAGGCUGCACGGCAAAUUUAAGAAUGUGAGUUGCGUGAUGCAAGAGCUCGGCUAUCUGGACGACAACUACGAGCCAAAUUACGUGAAGAUCAGCGAGAGGAUCAGCAAUUUGCCCGUGAGCGAGGAACUGCGGCGCGACAUGCAGGACGGGGUCACUUUCUGCCAGCAGUUCUCGCAAUGUGUACCAGAGGUGAAAAAGGACAAACUGAUCCUAUCCCGGGAGCUGAUGAGGCCAAUGUUCUUCUUCAAGUGUUACAAGCACAAGAAAUUGGAAGCGUGCAUAAUGAAGGAUUUGAGGCAAAAGUACGGCAACGUCGACGAAGAGGAACUGGAGGACGACGACUUGGAAAUUAGACGACAAGGAAAGGACAUGAAGUUGACAUCAACCAAGGAAAUAGACGAAUUGGCGGCGUCUGUAUACGAAUUCUUAUAUUCUGGUGAUGGCGGUUUUGAUAUCGACGGGUUACUUUAGAAUGUAAAUUAAUAACAGCCCAAUUCAUUUCCCCUUAAGCAUUUUUUGUAUUUCAUAAAACACACGAUUUGAUCAUUAUAUUUAACAAUUCUAUUUUUUAUUUGUAUAAAGAGGAAUGACUGAUAUAUUUUUUUAAUAGCGGUCAGCAUUUUCAACUUUAAGUUUGUAAGUAAUUUAUAGUUUUUAGGUUUAUUAUGCGCGUAUACGUACUACAAGUGUUUGGAUUUUUGCAAGGAAAUUGUUCUUGAGACGAGGUUUUAUUGUGAAAAUUCGAUCAGAUAUUUUUCAAAUAAAGUAAUUUGAAAUGA